AUGCUUGCUUUAUUCUCUACAUUGCUCAUCUCGCAAGCAGUCACAUGCUUGCCAAUCGGGACAUUCGGAGAGGCAAACUUCCAUGCUUCCCUCAACACCAUCUACCCCUUCAAGCCAAGGUACAGAUCUGCCAAGACUUCCUCUUUUGGCGCCAAACAGACGCACAGCUUCGGUACGCUCAGUGGGCUACUCCGACCUUUUCCGCCUCUCAAAAGCCGACCUCUUGCAUGUUCUAAAAGAGUUCCCGGCGACCCGAGCCAAGCUCGAAGAGGCAGCGUUACGCCGCCUCUCCAACACAUCCUUCACAGCCGAUGGACAGGCUCCAGUACCGCCGAUGACUACCACUUGUUCUGCAUUUGCAGCACCGGCGCCCAGUCGGGAUCAAGGGCUACCAUUAUCGGUCAAUACAAGAAGCAGAGACUUUUGGAGAUCUUCCUCCUGUCAGCAACGAUGCUGGUCACCUGGUUCAAUGCCACCUCGUCCGGACACCACUCAUCUCUUCGUGAGUGGUUCCAGUUGCAGACAGAUUGA